AAUUUUCUCAUCCUUAUAGAUCUCUUUUUGUUCUUUCUUCCUUGUUCCUUCUUUCUUACUCGAUCUACUAUGGAAAAUUCCAGCUCGUCUUCUUCUGUAAACCCACAAAAUCCCCUUUCUUCAUCCUCUGAUCUAAACCCGAAAACUCCAUCAAGAACCAAUCAGCUAAUUCCGGGUUUUAAUUCUUAUCAUCCUUCACCUUCUAGAACUAUCUACAGUGAUCGUUUCAUUCCGAGUAGAUCUUCUUCUAAUUUUGCUCUUUUUGACCUCCCUUUACCUCCACAAUCAUCUUCAUAUGAAGAUUCCACCAAUGUGUAUACUGCACUGCUUCGUUCAGCUCUGUUUGGACCCGAUUGUGGAUCGGUUGUGCCGCCGGUGACACCAGAUAAGUCGUCGGGUUUAAAUGCAAGAAAUUUACAGAUUUGUAGACCCAAUUGUAAUAUUUUUCGGUAUAAGACGGAGACUCGGCAAUCUUUGCAGUCAUUGUCGCCGUUUGGGUUUGAUGAUCAGCUUCCGGGUUUUAGUCCUAACCCGGUUAAAGCUAACCGGAAAGUUCCAAGAUCGCCUUUCAAGGUGUUGGAUGCACCAGCAUUGCAAGACGAUUUCUACUUGAAUCUUGUGGACUGGUCUUCGCAUAAUGUGUUAGCUGUGGGGCUAGGAAGCUGUGUGUAUCUAUGGCAUGCAUCUAGUAGCAAGGUAGUGAAGUUGUGUGACCUAGGAAUUGAUGAUAGUGUAAGUUCAGUUGGUUGGGCACAACGGGGUACACAUCUUGCUGUUGGAACAAGUAAUGGUAAAGUCCAGUUAUGGGAUUCCUCGCGUUGUAAGAGGAUAAGAACCAUGGAGGGUCAUCGAUUACGAGUUGGCGCACUGGCGUGGAGCUCAUCGAUGCUGUCUUCAGGAAGCCGAGACAAGUGUAUUCUUCAGCGUGAUAUACGUGCUCAAGAAGAUUGUGUCAGUAAGCUGAGUGGUCAUAAAUCAGAGGUUUGUGGGCUCAAAUGGUCUUAUGAUAACCGUGAAUUAGCUUCAGGUGGAAAUGAUAAUAGGCUUUUUGUAUGGAAUAACCACUCAACACAACCUGUGCUGAAAUACUGUGAGCAUACUGCUGCUGUAAAGGCCAUUGCGUGGUCCCCCCAUCUCCAUGGGCUUCUAGCUUCUGGUGGCGGCACAGCUGAUCGAUGCAUUCGAUUCUGGAACACUACCACUAAUACACAUCUCAGUUGCAUGGACACUGGCAGUCAGGUCUGCAAUCUUGUGUGGUCGAAGAAUGUCAAUGAAUUAGUCAGCACGCAUGGUUACUCUCAAAACCAGAUAAUAGUCUGGAGAUAUCCGACAAUGUCUAAGAUAGCUACUCUGACAGGCCAUACAUAUAGAGUCUUAUAUCUUGCUAUAUCUCCAGAUGGACAGACAAUUGUCACUGGAGCAGGAGAUGAAACACUUCGGUUCUGGAAUGUUUUCCCUUCUCCUAAGUCAAAGAACACCGAGACUGAAAUUGGUGCAUCUUCGUUUGGUAGAACUCAGAUCAGGUGACGAAUUGUAAUUAUUUUCCACUUGUAGAAAUUGUUCCAUCAAGAAAUACAGCACAUCACAUUUUUCUGUUUGAUGGAGCGACAAGAAAAGUUGCAAUUUUAUUUGAGUCAAUUAUUCUUUUAUUAUGUCACAAAAUGUACAGUUGGAGAUGUUAUUUAAUUCUCAUUAACAUCUCUUAUUCAUCAUGUAAUAUAUGGGGAAAGUGGAAGAGGUUCCUUUGUUAGGAACAUCUAAUAUAAGGAAAAACCACAGAUCCUUGUAAAUAAAAGUUCACUUUUUUCAUCAGA